UCAUCAGACACAAUUUCUGGUCUCUAAUGACUCCUUAUGAAACUCGGUACGUUACUUUAUUUAGUGUAAAACACGUUAGGAGUCUUUGUUUAUUGUAGAGUACAGUAGUCUACAUAUUCAUGAUAUUGCUACUCACAAAAGAUCUUUAUAGAUUUCUCAACACAUUUCUUCACUGAACAGAUCUAUUUCUAUAUAAUUAUAAUCUAGGCUAGAAUUGUAUUUAGAAUCUAGAUCUAGAUAGCUCUCGUGAGGCGAUGAUCUCCUCAUUCAUAAAAGGGGGAGAAUGGACUUUCUCACAGUACUCACAGUUAAGUUUAUCAACAAUAUCUGUGUAUGCCGUCGGAAUUACUUUGAUAUUCUUUACAACAGCAUUACUGAUGAUGUUUCGACCAAAAAAGGUCAGAGUGAAUAAAUCCAAUGGCAGAGUAUUCUCCAAAGAUGAUCCUGAAAUUAUUAUUAUUGGCUCAGGUGUUGCUGGCUCAGCAAUGGCCACUGUUUUUGCAAGAGAUGGCAGAAAAGUAACUGUUAUUGAGAGGGAUUUAAAGGAACCAGAUCGAAUAGUUGGAGAAUUGCUUCAACCUGGAGGACUGAAUGCAUUGAUAAAAUUAGGGCUUGGAGAUUGUGUCAAAGAGAUAGAUGCACACAAGAUUAGUGGUUAUGUUCUACACAGUUUAGAUUCAAAAUCAGAAGUUGUUAUUCCAUAUUCAGUGUGUGAGGAAAGUUUGGGACAGAAACUUAAUGCAGAUGGAGCUGCCUUUCAUCAUGGCAGAUUCAUUAUGGCUCUCAGAGAACAAGCUAUGAAAGAACCCAAUGUUACUUAUGUAGAAGGCACUGCUACAAAGCUAAUAGAAGAAAAUGGCAUUGUUACUGGUGUUCAGUAUAAAUUGAAAAAUGAAGAAGAGUCAAAGGAAGUAUAUGCACCUCUUACAUUUGUGGUAGAUGGUUGUUUUUCCAAAUUCCGUAAAGAACUAGUCAAGGAAUCAGUCAAAGUUACUUCUCACUUUGUAGGCCUCCUGAUGCAUCAUUGUCCCCAGAAAAAAUCAAACCAUGCAGAAAUAGUACUUAUGACUCCCAGUCCAGUCUUAGUUUACCAGAUUUCUUCUGAUUGUACUAGAGUCUUAGUGGAUAUUAAAGGUGUUUUACCUAAAAAUAUGAAAGAGUAUCUGCUGGAUAAUGUUUGUCCUCAGCUCCCAGAACAUAUCCAAGAACCAUUCAAAGAUGGUGUGAUAAAUGGCAGAAUAAGAAGUAUGCCCAACAGCUAUCUCCCACCAAGUCCCAUUGAGAGACCAGGUGUACUAGUGUUGGGAGAUGCCUAUAACAUGAGACACCCUCUUACUGGUGGUGGAAUGAGUGUAUGUCUGAAUGAUGUGGUCAUCUGGAGAGACCUGUUAAAAACUAUUCCUGAUCUUACUGAUUAUGAAUCAAUCAUCAAAUCACUGCGAGUUUUCCAUCUUCGCAGAAAGAACACCCACUCGUUUGUAGUCAAUGUUCUAGCAAAUGCAUUGUAUGAAUUAUUCUCAGCUGAUAAUACUUAUCUUGUGAGUAUGAAGAGAGCAUGUCUGGAAUAUUUCAAGCUUGGAGGGGAAUGUGUUGCAGGUCCUGUCAGUUUACUGUCUGUCCUCAACCCAAAACCACAUGUUCUAGUGGGACAUUUCUUUGCUGUCGCUCUGUAUGCUGUAUAUUAUGUGUUUCUUUCAGAACCCUUCUGGGCUAUACAUCGUGUUUUGUAUCGCUCAUUUAUGAUUUUCUUCACUGCCUGCACCAUUUUGUUUCCAUUAAUAUGGGCAGAAACUAAAACAUUGCUUUUUACAUAAAUACUAUCUGCACAAAAUCAUUGAAAAAAAGAUUUGUUUGUAAUAUAUCUACAAGAAUGUUCAUCUGCAAGUCAGUAUUGAAUUAGAUUCACAAGCUUAUCAAAUUAUUGACUAUAAGUUAAUUUAUUUUUUUAUGUUUGUAUCUUGUUAUAAAACUUUAAAACCAUGUAUCCUCAAGUACAAGACUGCAUUGGUCAUGUGUACACAUUAUUUAGUCAUUUCUGAAUCAUAUUUAUGUACUAUUUUUAUAUAUUGUUGGUUAUGUGUAAAUAUUAAAUCUAUUUGUUGAAGAAUACACUAUUAUUUGAUAUGACGACUAGUAAGCUUAUGUGAAUGAAAGUAUAGUUCUGAAACAUAGUUCAUGUCAUCCAUUCUGGUAAAACGAGUCUGCAAGUGACAACAGUAAAAAGUACAUCCUGGCUGUAAAAGUUGGACUGUUUGUUAUUAUUGAAUUCUUAUUUCACAUCACAUGUUUUUUUAUUUAUAUACAAAAUAAUGCUUUAAGGUUUAGUAGGUAAUCAAGUUAGUUAAAGUAAUAACUAGUAAUUUUAAAAAAAAAAUGUAGCAUUGUAGUAAAAAAACACUUAAAAAAUGUAUUAAAUCAUGACUCAUUUUGCCUAAUCAGUACACUUAUACCUUUCAAUGUCACUAUUAUUUCAUCCAUUGUCAAGACAAUUUAGCUGAUUUAAAGCAGGUUGUUGAUCACAAGGAUAAGAUUAUGAUCUGGUACAUUAUUAUAUAUUUACUGGGGAAUCUGUGACAAAAGUACUUGAUUUUAUGUGUGUAACUCUUACCAAUGUGUUUGCUUUUAAAUUCAUUACACAAUGAGUCCCAAUGUUGUUGUUUUUUUUACCUGUCACUGGCUUGUUUUCAAAGUGACUUAACAGUAGUUAUGAACAUUUUUUGAAAAUAAAUGCUUCUAUGAUUUUAUUUAUGUUCAGAAUUUUAAUACUUUUAUGUUGAAAUGUGUCCAUAAAAUAGACUGAAAUAGGAUAAAAAUGAAAAACCUUUUUGGUUUUAAAUUUUAAUAUUCUCUUCUAUUUGAUUACACUAGAAUAUUAUUUGUUUAUAUUAGUCAUAUUUGUCAAUUUUGUAACUAAUGUUACACAUUUAGUCAUUUAAGAAUUUUAACAUGAUAAAUAUUUAACUUGUAUAGUCUCUAAGUAUCUGAGAUUCAACUCUCACUAUUCCUUUCUUUAAAAAAGUAUCCAUAUUGUUAUACUGCUGCAUUAAUAAUAUUUUUUUUUUGUUGUCAGACAUAGUCUGCUUUUUCUUAGUAAUUAUGGUGUGCAGGCUUUAGCAUAGAGGUACAAAUCCAUUCCUCAAAAUUUAUAUAGAGUAAAUGAACAUUUUUUAAGCAUGUAAUGAAUGUGGGUCAGGGUCACCCAAUCCUUCCCUCUAGAUACACCCUGAAGGCUUUGCUAUAAAAACAACAAACAGAUUGCCUCUUUCUUAAUUUUGUCAUUAAAAAAAAAAAAGUCAGAACAACAUAAGAACCAAUGGUGGACAACAGUUGUUUCAAACUAUUCAACUUGUGUAGUUAUCUAUGUGACACUUAAUAAGAUUAACUAACAUUGUAUCAUUGUCAACAGGCUACUACAGCAGGAUACAGCUUUGUUUCUAGUGUUCACUUCUUACACAAUAGUCUGUUGCUUUAGUCCCAAGCAUUUCAUUUAUUAUUUUAUCUUCAAAGUCCAGGAAAAGUAGUCAUCUUAUUAUUACAAUAUUAAUGUUUUUAUCCACAAAGUCCAGGAAAAGUAGUCAUCUUAUUAUUACAAUAUUAAAUCUAUUUGGUUUUAUCAACAAUUAAAAAUAAUAUGUGUUGUCAA